CUUUUUGUCUUUUUAUUCCCCCUCUCCCUUUAUUAUUAUUACUAUUACUAUAAUUAUUUGAUUUUAUUUGAUUUGGGUGAGCUCUCUCCCUUCCUCAAACGAAAACACUAACUCUGACGCCGAAAUCCAUGCCCCCUGCAACUCGGAGGAAUCGGGUCUAAUAUGCCAGUGACAUCCUCGCCUUGCAGUAGUCGCGAUGAAGGAAAAAUCCAAGAACGCGGCAAAGACUAGACGGGAAAAAGAAAAUGGAGAAUUCUACGAACUGGCCAAACUCCUGCCCUUGCCCUCGGCCAUCACCUCCCAGCUGGACAAGGCGUCCAUCAUCCGCCUCACCACCAGCUACCUGAAAAUGCGAGCCGUCUUCCCCGAAGGUCUGGGCGACGCCUGGGGACAGCCGAGCAGGAUAGGGCCCUUGGAUAACGUGGCCAUGGAGCUCGGAUCCCACUUGCUUCAGACUUUGGAUGGCUUUGUUUUCGUGGUAGCAUCAGAUGGCAAAAUAAUGUACAUCUCUGAAACAGCAUCUGUGCAUCUUGGCUUGUCUCAGGUGGAGCUCACUGGAAACAGCAUUUACGAGUACAUCCACCCCUCUGAUCACGAUGAGAUGACAGCUGUCCUUACUGCUCACCAGCCUCUCCACCCUCACCUCUUGCAAGAAUACGAAAUUGAGAGAUCAUUUUUCCUGAGGAUGAAGUGUGUCCUAGCCAAGAGGAAUGCAGGAUUGACGUGCAGUGGAUACAAGGUGAUCCACUGCAGUGGCUACUUGAAGAUCCGCCAGUACAUGCUCGAUAUGUCUCUGUACGACUCCUGCUACCAAAUCGUUGGGCUGGUGGCUGUAGGUCAGUCUUUACCUCCCAGUGCAAUCACCGAGAUCAAGCUUCACAGCAACAUGUUUAUGUUCAGAGCAAGCUUGGACUUAAAGCUGAUAUUCCUGGAUUCCAGGGUCACUGAAUUAACUGGAUAUGAACCCCAAGACCUGAUAGAAAAAACCCUCUACCACCAUGUCCACGGCUGUGACGUGUUCCACCUCCGAUAUGCUCAUCACCUGUUGCUGGUGAAAGGCCAAGUCACAACCAAGUACUACAGGCUGCUGUCCAAGCACGGAGGCUGGGUGUGGGUGCAGAGCUAUGCCACCAUUGUGCACAACAGCCGUUCGUCACGGCCUCACUGCAUAGUGAGUGUCAAUUAUGUCCUUACAGAUAUUGAGUAUAAGGAACUUCAGCUGUCACUGGACCAGGUUACCAUUUCCAAGUCACAGUUUUCAUGCAGAAACUCAGUACCUACCUCGCAGGAAACAAGGAAAAUAGUCAAACCCAAAAGUAAUAAAAUGAAGGCAAAACUCAGAACAACACCUUACCCACAACAGCAAUACAGCUCGUUCCAAACAGACAAACUGGAAUGCAGCCAGGUGGGAAGCUGGCGAUCCAGCCCCGCCGUGAGCGCCGCCGCCGCCAUUCAGGAACAAAACUUCCAUUCAGAAAACAGCGAACUUUUAUACGCCCCACCGUACAGCCUGCCCUUCUCCUACCAUUAUGGACACUUCCCUGUGGAUUCCCACGUCUUCAGUGGCAAAAAACAAAUGCUGCCUGCAAAGUUCGGGCAGGCUCAAGGAGCACCUUGUGAAGUGGCGCGGCUCUUCCUGAGCACGCUGCAGACCAACGGGGAGUGCCAGUGGCACUACACCAACCCCUUGGUACCCAACAGCCAGUCACCGUCCAAAAACCUUCCUGAGCAGCCAGUGAACAUCAUCAGGCAUAACCUUGCACAGAGUUAUGAAGUCCCCAUAUCCAACAGGAGAUACAGCCAGGAUGCUCUCCCCGACAGCUUCACGAGCUGCACCGCGCCCAUGGCAGGCAGCAGGUACAAAGAAGAGAUUUAUGAUUCCACCAUCAUGAAACACAACAAAAUAGAACCCAGGAUCCAGCCACCUCCCCACCUCAUUAAAGAGGAGAACAAGCUGGCCUUCAACAGAGACCUCCAAGAAAAAAUGAGCAUUAACGAAAGUCCUUUUUCAAACUCCAUUGCCAGCUCCCUGCUGCCAAAAUCGGAAUGUUUCCAGUCCAAAGCUAUAGGACAGCUAAGCCACCUCCUGCCAAUGCCCUCGGUGUACGAGCAGACAAGAAGGAUUUGUGUGAAAGAACCCAAGUACGGGCACAUUGGUCACCACCCUGCAAACCUGGAGGAACUGGACGGCGAGGAGAGAAUGACUGUAAAGCUCGACCACGACUCCGAGAGCGAGCGCGUGAUGGAUGUGAGACCCUCGGGACAAGUCCCGUUCGUGCUCCUCAACUACCACCACGUUCUGGCCAAGCACGGAGCGUUCCAAACCUCGUCCUGCACGGCCACGGGCCACGCGGGGGAAAGCUAUGGAUACAAUUCCGAGGAGGUAAAUACGUUUCUUUACAAAAACCAAAGCCCCUCCUCGGCUUCCUCUCCAGAAACCCACAAGGAAUCUGCACUACCCCACUAUAUCGGAACUUCUGUAAUAAUUGCCAACGGGAGGUGACGGUAACAGAGGAGUAUUUACCUUUAAUUAAGAAGCCAAACUGUAAUGAUUCACCAAAAAAAAAAAAA